AUGUCUAAUGAGCCGACCACCUCUUUUUCAGCUUCAGGAGAGGAUGCUAUAACCCGCAUUAUCGACGCCAAACCAGACGAGAGUGCCGAUCUCCUGCCUCCAAAAGAGUUUGACGAGUUCUACGAGAUUGAAAGGACCGCGGAGGAGAUCGUGAAGGGCGACUACCGUCGGAUUGCCUUACAGUUCCCCGACGAAUUGCUACACGAUUCUGUGCCCAUUUUCAGGCGAUUGAAACGAAAGAUCGGGACUGGACGUGAGAUCUAUGUGCUGGCGGAUACGUCCUACGGCAGCUGUUGCGUAGACGAAGUAGCAGCUUCCCAUGUGGAUGCAGAUGCAAUGGUGCACUACGGGCAUGCUUGUAUGAGCCAAACAUCGCGGCUGCCUGUAAUCUACGUCUUCGGCAAGAAGCAACUCGAUAUCGACGUCUGCGUGGAACAAUUUUCAUCAGUGUUUGAACCGACAGACGACUCUAGUGCUAUCCUCCUGAAGCAUGAUGUUGUGUACACCCACCAGGCAGAAUCCCUGGUCGAGAAACUGCGGUCAAGGUUCCCCGGACUAACAGUCUUGCAUCACGCGAUGCCCACAAAAUCUGACCCAGCGCCGGCCCAAUCUUAUCUAACGUCCUCCGACUCAGUCGCCCUUAAAAACACGGCCAUAUUCUACGUCGGCAGCGAAAGCUUAGGGUUGACCAAUCUCCUCAUCACCAACUCCUCUUGCCCUGUCUACUCCUUCGACCCACAAAUACAGACGGCACGUCUAGAAUCAGGUCGCACCAAUAGACUCCUUAUGCGCCGGUACGCCGUCGUCCAAAAAGCGCGAGACGCAGACGUCUUCGGUAUUCUCGUUGGCACCCUUGGCGUUGCCUCGUAUCUACCGCUGAUCAAACACAUCCGUGCCCUUCUCGCCAGAAAACAGAAGAAGAGCUACACGAUCAGUGUGGGCAAGCUCAAUCCUGCGAAACUGGCCAACUUUCUCGAAAUUGAAUGUUUUGUGCUAGUUGCAUGUCCGGAGAACAGCCUGAUCGAAGCCAAGGAGUUCCUACGACCAAUAAUCACGCCGUACGAGCUUGAGAUCGCCUUGCAAGCUGAGCAAAGUUGGACGGGACGAUACGUCCUUGAUUUCGGGAAGAUCCUCGCUAAUGACUCUUCAGAAGCAGAUAAAGCCAAUGGACACCAAGAAAAUGGCAAGGAAGACGACUCGGACGACUCCGACCAGCCCGUCUUCUCUCUGAUCACAGGCACCUACAGGCACGCAAAGCGGUACGGACCUGGCAGAGAAACCACGCCGGUCGAAACGGGUAGCUCUGCUGUUGUUCUGCGCAACCAGGACAGCACUGUCGCCCGUCUGGAUGACAGCGCGGCUGGCCAGUUCCUGCAGCAACGCACGUAUCGCGGACUCGAGGUGCGGAUGAACGAGGAUGCUCCCAGUGUGCUGGAGCAAGGUCGGAGUGGAAUCGCGAGGGGCUAUCAGGACGAUAAAUCUCGUCAGAAUGGGUCGGGUGAAUGUGGCAAGGAUGGGAUAGAUGCGGUAGGAAGAAAUAGACUUGAACAGAAUUGA